AUGGCGAUUCUACAUCGUGGUCAUGUGUUUGUACAACCGCCGAUUGGUUCAUCAUUUGAUGAUGACAAAUUUAAAGAAUCUUCAAAAGACAAGAACAAUGGAAAGAGUAAAACAUUUAAAAGUACCAACUAUGGCGAAUCGAAGCCGAUCGCCAUCGAUAGAUAUGAUUGUAAUGGAUGA